AUGCUCCAACCCACAGAAUCAAAAGAGACUCUCCCACCCCUCCACACCUACACCAUCGCCUACAUCACCGCGCUUCCCAAAGAACAAACCGCCGUGCUCGCCACCCUCGACACUAUCCACCACUACCACAUCCCAACCCCCGCAAGCGACAAAAACACCUACACUCUCGGCUCCAUACCACCGCACAACAUCGUCCUAACCUGCCUCCCCACCAUAGGAACAACCUCCGCGGCGAGCGCAGUGACAUCACUUCUGCACAUGUUCCCAUCCAUCAGAUUCGUUCUGCUCGUUGGCGUGGCGGGCGGUGUUCCGAGGAAUGGGGUACGGUUGGGUGAUGUGGUUUUUAGUGUGCCGGUUAGUGGUGGGUAUGGGGGUGUGGUGGGAUGGGAUAGAGGAAUGCUGGUGGGGGAUGGGAGGGUUGUUCUUGGUCAGGAUGGGGGCGGGCUGGGGGUGAAGGAGGAGGUAGGGGUAGGGCUGGGUGUGAAGAGGGUGUUGGAUAGGUUAAAGCGUAACAGUGAGAUGGUUGCACGGAAGAUCGAUGGGUGUUUGGAUGAUGUGGAGGGGAGGUUUCCGCGAUUAGUACCGAGGUGGACACGGAGUGAUGGGUUGAGGGAUCCGCUGUUGGGACGGUGGUGGAUGUAUUCCUAUCUGAAUUCGGUGGUGUGGGUGUUGUGGAAGGUGGUCGUUGCGGGUGUUGUAGGGUUGCUUGGCUUAUGGGGUUUGGCGAUGAUGGGGUUUGGGUUUGGGUUUGGGUUUGAGGCGGGGAUGGGCAAGGAGGAGAUGGUGGGCGCAAAGGAGAAGAAAGGAGGGAACGUCCAUGUUCAUUACGGCCUAAUCGCCUCCGGCAAUUUUGUUGUCAAGGAUGCUAAAGCUCGUGAUGCUCUUGACAAGGGGUUUGAGGAAGGUAUAUUAUGUGUGGAGAUGGAGGCAGCUGGGGUGAUGGAUCUGGUUCCGUGUAUUGUUGUUAGAGGGAUCUGUGACUAUGCGGACUCCGGGAAGAAUAAGGAUUGGCAAGAAUAUGCUGCUAUGGUUGCUGCAGCGUAUGCCAGGGUUUUGUUGGAGUCUUUGUCGCCUGGGGAUGUGGAUAUGGUUGGCGAUGCGAGGGAUAUACACCUUGGUUAUCCAGUUGAGCUGGAGUUGGGUAUUCGAAUAUAA